AUGGAGAAAUAUGGAGUAAAACAUAGGGUGGCAACACCUUACCAUCCUCAGACGAGUGGGCAAGUUGAAGUGUCCAAUAGGGAGAUCAAGAGUAUUCUAGCAAAAACAGUCAAUGCAAAUAGAAUCGUCGCAUUUCGCAAGCUCGAUGAUGCUCUAUGGACAUACCGGACUGCUUUCAAGACUCCGAUUGGGACUUCACCCUUCAAGCUUGUAUUCGGAAAAGCUUGUCACUUGCCGGUUGAAUUUGAGCACAAGGCUAUGUGGGCUUUGAUGAAACUGAAUAUGGAUUGGGAGGAAGCAACCAAGCUCAGGUUGUUCCAACUAAAUGAAAUGGAUGAGUUUCGGUACCAGGCAUAUGAGAGUGUAGCACUGUAUAAAGAAAGGAUGAAGCAUUACUAUGACAAGAAGAUCUUGAAGCGAGAGUUCUACAAGGGUGAUCCUGUAUUGUUGUUUAACUCUCGGUUGAAGUUGCUACCUGGUAAGCUUAAAUCGAGGUGGUCUGGUCCGUUUGAGGUGGUAGGUGUUUCGCCCCAUGGAGCGAUUGAGCUAAAGUCCGGAGAUGGAACUCGGACAUUUAAGGUGAAUGGGCAGAGAUUGAAGUACUAUCACGCGAUGGUUUUGGAGGAUAGGAUUGUGGACCUAUACAGGUUGAAGCACCUCGGAACGAACAAUGAUCUGGUGUACGCAGAUAAGGAGUGA